UGGGAGAGCGGAGAAACUGCAACACGGGGAAUGAGGAGCGAGAGAGAGACCGGAGUCUCGCCCGUGUUCAACCACACACCGUAGCCCUAUUCAGACUGGGAAGUUUACCACAGUUACCGCGAACUUUUUCGCUUUUUCAAGUCUACCAGGCCACAAACUCCGAGACAAACGGAUUUCUCUUGAUAAGCUCGAAGAUGAGGGUGAACUUUUCUACAAAUUGGAUUUUUCAAGGCUGGAUAACGCAUCUGAUUUUUGUUCUUUGCGCACAGAGGGCCUGUUCUCGACCAGCUGGCUGUGGACAGAACAAGUACCAAAAAAAUGGGAGAUGCUGCAGCAUGUGUUCACCAGGUACCUUUGCUCUGAAGCGGUGCUCCAUGGAUUCAGACACGGAGUGUCACCCGUGUGGCGAUGACGAGUACCAGCCAGACUGGAACAACGACACCAAGUGUCAUCCCCAGAAGCUCUGCGAUGCCGGGAAGGGUUUCAGCAGUGAGAGGCCCAGAAACGCCAAGGGUCCAGAGCCCUGCAGGUGCAUCUCUGGACGACAGUGUUCUCCAAUCAAGUGUGAGUUCUGUGAGAAGAUACCCAGCUGUGGACCAGGGUCUGGACAGGAGACCCUCCCUGAGUCAGUGAGGAAGAUCUGUGUGCCUUGCAAGAGGGGCUUCUUCUCCUCAAAUACCUCUUUAGAACCAUGCAAACCCUGGACCAAAGAAGUCUGUACUGACGGCUUCGACGCUGUGUGUGGAGCCGGUGAUUCCUCCACUUCCUGGGUAGUAGUGUCCAUUCUGUCCAACAUCACCAUCCUAUCUCUCCUCAUCCUGCUGCUGUUCUGCUGCAAGGACAAGCUCAAGAUCCUGUCUGUGAAUCUGCGUUCCUGCGUCCAGAAUCUGAAGAGAACCAGGAUUCAGCAGGAGACUCUGGCUCCUCUCUACCAUAGUGGAGGAGGAGGAGGAGGAGGAGACAAGAGUCUGAUCCAGAGCUGUCCCCUGUGUGAGACCACCAGCCUGAUCCAGGGGGACCCCUGCACCCCCUCGGAGCCACCCCUCACCUGCCCCAGCCCAGCCCCGGCUCUCUCCAUCAAACUGCCCCUCACGCCUCCCAGGCAGGGAGAGGAGGAGGGGGGAGAGGAGGGCUCGUGCGCAUCCCCGCUGCUGGCGUGCACGUGCGUGUGUGUGCCGUCGGUGCGCGAGCCUCUGGAGGUCGGGGAGAACGAGGACUGUAGUCAGGCAGUGAACCCGGGGACUCUAGGACCCUGCUACUGUAGAGUAGGCCAGGGAGAGGAGGGAGGGAGGGAGGAGGGAGAGAGGGAUGAGGGUGAGGAGGGAGAGAGGGAUGGAGAGGGGGAUGAGGAGGGAGAGAGGGAUGAGGGGGAGGGAGUGCGGACAGAGGGCCAGCAAAGCACAAGUACACAGGGAGGCCAGAGCCAGUCAGGUGCGACUACUCCCCCCUCCUCCCUCCCUCCCUCCCCUCUCCUUGCCUCCUCCUUCCUCUCCCCUGCCGACGUGUCACCUGACCUGUGUCCGCCCCUGACUCAGGCUAGGGCAGAGGUCAGAGGUCAGCUGACUGACAGGUCACUACAGAAGGGGAGGAGCCUUUAUGGACUGAAAGACGGUUUAGGCUCCGCCCCUGGCUCUGACACCAUACCCUCUCCGCCCCCCACGGUGACCUCACUCACUCUCACAGCCAAUGGGGAGCCAUCGUCAGAGCCGAGCUCCGAGGCCUCCACAGAGGAGCUCGACCAGGGACAUUCCUUGAGGGACAGUGGGGGAGACAAGCUCUCUCCUAGGGAUGUGGACUUGGAGUUUUCCCCCAAAAACCUCCAGAGUGACCUGGCUGAAACAGUGCUCACCUCGGGUCAGGUAUCAGGGAACCACAACACCACGUUCAUCUCCAGCGGUCAGGUGAUGAAUUUCAGCGGCGAAGUCGUCGUUGUCUAUGUCAGCCAGACAUCGCUAGGCAACGCGGGGGCGGAGCUAGACAAUGCGUUUGGGAACCCUGUCCAGGAGCAAGCCAAUGAAAAUGCUUGGCUCUUUCAGAGUCUCACCUCCAAAAUCCCAACACUAGGGAUCUCCAUUUCCCCCACUCCCCCACAGGAUGACAACCUGCCCGUUCAGGAAGUGACCAAUGAUUGGCCGAGGGAAAAGUGAACAAGCAGCUGUGACAGAAGGAUGUAAAGACUUGGGCCUGAUCCUGUUUCAACCCUCCUGGACCUGGAGCCGUCCUACCUAGACCUGACCCUGAGCCCACCUUCACACUCUCCUUCCUCACUCUCCUAAACGUUCUAGGGAGCAGGAAACCAAAUUGAAUUGGGCCUGAGAUUGAAGCAUGUUUAUAGGACUGUGGUUUUGAGCUGGAUAGUGUCCGAGUCCUAGCAAACUGAAACUGCCCUCUCCUAACCUCAAGGUAAACAAGCUACACAACAUCCACCUCGUCCAGAUCCCUGUCAUCCAGUCUGUCAGUUUGUGGGUCCGCGUGGGCCAAAAAAAGUUUACUUCAGAUGAUUUAAUUACUCAUUCAUUUUGUAAAGUUUUAUUUUACCCCUGUGGUCCAUUUGAUAUCUGUCGCACCACAAAUGUGGUUUGUUUUUGUAAGAAAAAUGCUGUGCAUUUGUUGAGCAAUACUGUUCUAUCCUUCUAAGUAUCUUGUGUGUUUUUAAAUAUGUUGCUCAAGUUCACAUCUCAACUAAGACAUAACUCAAUUAAAUAUUUGCUGACCUUUUGAAAAAAGUCCAGUAGCUUGUUGAUACACUUUUAAAAGUUCUAAUAGUUCUACAUGGACUUUACACAAGUUGAAAACGAUCUUUUUUUAAAUGUUUACACAACUGUAAACCAAAUGUAAAUAUGUGUUGAAAUCAAAUGUAAUAAAUGAAAGGACGAUUUCUCUUUUGAUUUGAGACGA